CCGUGUGCCCAAGAGACACAGUUUUGAAUGGCUCUGUGUGUAUACUUGAACUUUUAUGCUAUGCAAAGGAGAAUGUAUUUAUCUACAAUGGCAGCUGUGUCACAGAAUGCCCACCUGGAAGUGCAAUGUUCGUCAAUCAAGUGUGCUACAAUCUCGUAAUCGACCACUGUGCCAUCAAAGUGAUACCUCCUUUGUUCUUGGUGGUGCUGGCUUUACUCGUCCUCUUGGUCUAUAAUCCUUCAAAGUCGAGGCGAAUGAAUGAACCACAGAUGCCCCUACUUGACGCCGAUAAAGAGUUGGAUAUCGAAGAGAAAAAGAAAGACGUGUUCUGCGUCAAUAUACCAGCACAAGAACCAGACACAACACAUAAAUAUCACGACCAAGGAGCAGCAGCAGGUGUCGAAGACACACUGGCAAUGGUGGAAAUACACAACGUCUCACAGAACAAGUUUGUUCAAGACAGAAGUUACAUGGACGACUCUGGUAUGGCAGAUACUGUGUCAAUGGCGUCCGCAACUACAUCGACAACGACACUCUGAUUCAACACAUGGGACUUGCCCAGAGCCGGUGAAGGUUAGCUGAUUGAAGAAAUAACAUCUUCAG